UCGGCGAGCGCACGUCACCGAGGUCGAAGCGGAAGGGAGAAGCUGAGCCGCCCCUUCCGCGUUCCGCGAUGCGGGUCACGAACUACCAGAGGCUGUCGGCGGCGGGCCCGGAGCCGGAGGGCGGCGCGCGCGCCGGGCGCGGCGCCGCGAGGGCGUGGGAGGCACUGAGGCGAGCCGCCGCGGGGGUGGCCCGGCUGUACGCCGCGCGGCGGCGCUGGGCGGCCCGGAGGCUGUGGGGCUGCAGGAGGGCGGCCCUGCCGCGGCGGGCGAAGGCGGCGGCGGCGAGGUACGAGUACGACUCGGCCAGCUACGCGCGCAACUUCGACGACGGGGCGUGGAUGGCCGAGGAGGGCGUGUCCUGGCACGCGCGGUCGUUCGGCGCGUGCAGACUCGCCGCUGUGCAGUGAUUCAUGACAGAGCUUCCCUUCCAAUUCCUAGUUGCUUUGUGAGAACUAGGGACUGAUUAUUUGUUAGGAUUGGUUAUUGAUUACAUCUCGUGUAGAAUUGAUUUGCAGCGAGCUAGAAAUUUUGUACUGUUUGCACUCUACCUUCAUGGUGCCAAAAACUUACGAAUGAAAAAAAAAGAAUGGAUGGACGCGGCUUACAUAUUUCAA